CAAGAAGUUCUUGCUGGAUCUGCUUUUCAGAUUGGCUUUCCCUUCGCCUGCUUAAGAAGGUCUGAGGUUCUGGGAUCAUCUCUUCGGUGUUCCCCGCCCUCCGUUCCCUCUUCCCUGCCUUCCUUCUUCCUUCUCGUCUUCUCUCCUCUCCUCUUCUUCUCUUCCUCUCUCUCUCUCUCCCCUUCUCACUUUCUCUCACCUUUCAUUCCUUUGAACCUACCUCGAUUUACUGUUGUCUUUCCCUCAACCAUAUAGAAAUCCCUCUCCUGCUAAUGCACUGAUACAACACUCCUCCCUCCUUCCGUUUAUCUUUUGGCCCCCCAGGGUCUCCUUCAGUGCCAAGUGCCACGCGGUUUACUUAAGGUUGACCCGAGGGAUUCGCAUCUAGACCCCGAACUUGCCCGCUCCCAGUCCACCAUCUCACCCGCGACGGCUCUCUUACGGGCCUUUUGUCAGCUGCAACAAAGGGAAAAGAUAGAACAGCAAAAACUAGGACAAGAAUCCAGGGAAAAUAUAUACUAAAAACAAAAUUAAUACAGCCAGAUUAGGAACGCUCCAAUCUUCAGCUGCUCUGUUCUUUCCGUUCGAUGGUCCAUUCGGAUUCGACCCAACCGACCGAUAGGUCAGGAUCUACUGUUCACCAACCACAGUUACACGAAGCCAACAACCCAACGGCUUCGGAUGACAAUGAAAUUGGUGCGAUCUCUGCUAUAGUCCCCGGUCAAGGGAGUUUCCAUACUCCUCCGCUUUAUAUCGAAAAGUCUUCAGCAGACCCUCUGCAGGAUGUAACUCUGCAGCACCACUCACACCCACAUCAUCUGCCUUCGCUUCAGAUUCGCACGGAUCUAUCAAACGCCAGCCAGAUGAGCCCGCCAAGAGAACCCGAGUCAUUCGUGCACCACAGCAUCUCGUCCAGCAGCCUGCCCCGGCGCACUCCAAGCUUGCGCGGUCUGUUCGCCGGUCCUCCAACCAGCGCAGGAUCCCUGACUUUGUCUCCCGCCUCGCUCAUAUCUUCCCCUCAGCUUAUGGCCAUGGGAGACAUCACGCCUUUGCCAUCGCCCAUCGGUGGCAUGUCGCCAUGGAAACUACCACGGCGCAAUUCCCAGUCCUUGUCUCGGACGCCUUCAGUAACCUCUCGCAGCGGUUCCAGUCUCGGUUUGCGACUGAGCGAUUCCUCACAAAUGCUCGGUACGAGCGAGUCCCGGCCACGAAGCAGGCAAUACAUGCUCCCCGACAAGCUGUCCGACACACCCAUUGAGACACCCAUCGAGUCUCCAACAAAACCCCGUCAAGGAUCUGGAUCAAAGCAUUCUCGCAACCGUAGUCUCAGUGAAUAUGUACCUCCCGGUCGGGCUAUCCCCGUCAAGCCACGGCCUAUUGCAGUUUCAGGACCAGGAAUGCCGCCGGGCAUCACUGCAUCUGUCAGUACCGACUCGAAAACGAACAACAACAGCAAUAACCUUCAUCGCGAAGAGUAUCUGGCCGUCCACCGUGGGAUCGCAUUGCCCACGGUCCGUCCUCCUACGCCCCCUCGCAGCAGUCGCAGUGGCUCCGAUGAACGCGAUGACGAACCCGUUAUAACACCGUUAGCCUCCGGCCCCGAUGAGAUAUACUCGGUACGCUCUGUGCGCACGCAACAACGUCGCAAGUAUCGCAAGAUACGUCAGCUAGGUCACGGAACAUUCAGUCAAGUCUCCCUCGCUGCACGUAUAGAAAGACGAGAAAGCGACGACGAAACCAUGUUUUCCAGUCUACAAGACGUGAAUCUGGUGACACAGAAACUUGUUGCAGUAAAGAUUAUCGAGUACGGGCCGGCAGGUGGUGCAGAUGAGGAGCGCUUGGAGGUUUCCCUCAAGCGCGAGGUCGACAUACUCAAAUCUGUCAACCAUCCGUCGUUGGUACAGUUGAAAGCCUUUGGUAGCGACGAGAAGCGCGCGCUCUUGGUUCUGGACUACUGUCCCGGAGGGGACCUUUUUGACGUGGCAUCAUCGAGUCCACGGCCAAUGAGUCCACAACUCAUUCGUCGUAUUUUCGCCGAAUUGGUGGCGGCCGUGCGCUAUUUGCAUGCGAACUUCAUUGUGCACCGCGACAUCAAACUUGAGAACGUACUUGUCAACCUGCCAAUGCAAGCAAUGGAAACGAUCACGGAUUGGCGCACGUACGAUCGAGCCGUCAUCACCCUCAGCGACCUGGGUCUGUCCCGACGAAUACCCGAGCCUCCCGAAAGCCCUCUUCUCCAGACCCGGUGUGGGAGCGAAGACUACGCGGCGCCUGAGAUUUUGAUGGGACAGCCGUACGAUGGACGAUCAACAGACGCAUGGGCCCUGGGAGUGUUGUUAUACGCUAUGAUGGAAAAUCGGCUUCCGUUCGACGCAUUGCCGGGCACCCGAGGCGACCCUGCCAAACUCCGCGCGCGAACGCCCCACCGCAUCGCACGAGUCGAGUGGUCCUGGUACCGAUAUGCCGACAGCGACGACGAAUGGGAUCCUGAGAAAGGCAAAGACCUAGAAGGUGCCCGCGAUUGCGUCGAGGGGCUAUUGAAACGCAACACGAAACGGAAAAGCCUGGACGAGAUCGCGUCGAUGGCGUGGAUUAAGGAGGCGAUCGACAUACCCGGCGAACUAAAGAGGGGGGAUAAGGAAGUGCCAUAGAGCUGGUCUCUUUUCAGUGGUUUUUUUCCCCCUCCUCUCCAUUACAUUAUCUUCUUCUUUUUUUCCCUUCUUUUCUUCCUCACCUUACACUACUUAUUUACCCAUCUUUCUUUCUUCCUUUUUCUUUCGUUUUAGACUUGCAUCUUAUAUUUCUUUACUAACAUUCGUUUACUGGCGCAUUGCGACCAUAUAUAAUUCUUAUUCUUGGGUUUGGAGACGGAUGAAUCCUGUUGUGUCGUCGAAGACACCAUGCAUUGCAGCAUCGAAACCGCUUAUCUUUACCUACUUACUGAGUUCUGUUCACUAACUAGCAUGAGCCGACGUUCACUUGGGUGUUUCCACCCUGGUCACUAUUACUGUCUGUUCGUUCCCUUUUAAUGUUGACGAUUAUUCAUACAACCAACCCUGUCAGGUUCUAUAUGCUAUACUAUACUAUACUCUCAUGGAAAGACGCAUUCUCUCCAUUGCGGGAUCACCUAACUGUAACUGUACUAUCGUGAACAAAGUACAAGUCAAUAAUAAGUACCAAUACCACAGGUGUCGACGAAAAGGAGAGACACCGGUGUCACAGACAAAAUAGAUAAUUAUAAUUAAUUAAAGUACGGCAGUAAUACACGAU